AUGUCAAAGGCCUUGGUUGCUCUAAAUCAAGAAGCUGCUUACAUUCCUACACCGAAGCUGAAGAACGUGAGCCGGUUGCGCACAAAGCAUUCAGUUUAUGAACUCCCAGAUUCACAUUGUCUUCUGGAAGGGUGGGAAGUGUGGGAACCUGAUGAUCCGGGCAAAUACCUUCUAGCUAUAUGGACCCCAGGCGAGACAGCAAAUUCCAUACAACCACCAGAAAGAAAGUGCGGCACUCAGGGCUCUGGCCAGCUCUAUAAUGAGGAGGAAUGUUUUUCAUGCAACAGCUUCCGUGAAGCAAGUUCGCAGAUGGUUCGAGGGACAAUCCUGAUACCAUGUCGAACGGCAAUGAGAGGGAGCUUUCCGCUAAACGGCACCUAUUUUCAAGUCAAUGAGGUUUUCGCAGACCAUGAAUCAAGUCUUAACCCAAUUAGCGUUCCCAGAAGUUGGAUAUGGAACCUCAAUAGAAGAACAGUACACUUCGGAACCUCCAUACCAAGCAUAUUCAAAGGUUUAUCAACCCAAGAAAUUCAACAGUGCUUCUGGAGAGGGUUUGUCUGCGUGCGAGGAUUUGACAGGCAAACACGAGCACCCCGUCCUCUGAAAGCUAGACUACAUUUCCCAGCAAGCAAGCUGGCCAAGAACAAGGAGCAGGCCAAGAAAGAUGCAAAAGUGGCAAACUCAGAAGGAUUGAAUUUGAAAUCAAAUACAGAACAGCCAGAAUGUCUCGCCAGCAUUCCCAACUUGCAGCAGAACGGCGGAUCCUGA